ACAGCCCGCGUCCGGCAAUUAGCGGUUUCAGCGCUGACCCGAAAACGAGGCCGACUAAAUGCAAAUCGACAGCUUGGCGCCGUUUUCGAUAACCUUUCAACUCUUUGCUACCUUGACCACGUAAUUGCUUAGCUCGUGAAGGUCGGAACCUCUCCCCCCUCCGCACAGGACGGCAGCGCGCGACAGCCAUUCGGAGAUUAUUUUUGCACCUGGCGGUCGAUUGCUCGGAGCGCGCACAUACGCAACAAGCAGCAGCUCGAGCUUGUCUUGUCUGGGAAGGCGAGUCGCGACAAAUCCCCAAACAAGGCUGAAGGGGGCGGACUAUCACGCUAUUCAUUCGCUUCUCUGCGUUCUGUCUGUGUCGCUCAGUCGACGCCCCUAGCUAUUGCCAUCUGCUGCCACUGUCGGUGGCGCCGCUUGCAUUGUCGUACAAGCCGUUGUUGCGAUUGACUGUUUGAUUGGCCGGCGCCAUGGAAGCAGAGACGGCAGACUCAGAUCGGCCCUCGUUCACGUCCUUCUGGAAGCGAGUGAAGCAGAAGGAAAAGCAGGAGGGCGACGGCCACAAGAAGAAGGGCAAGAAGACGGCCAGUCCAAGCUCGGCCGGCGAGCUGCAGGACGAAGCAUAUGCAGAGGACCAAGAAGCAGAUCGAGAUGCUGAUGAAAACGCUGGCAAGGAUGCCGAUGCCAAGGACCGCGCCCAGCUUCGACGAGCCCAGGUCAGGAAGGCCCAGAUCCAGCACCGCCAGCGAAAGGCAAACUAUGUCAAGCAGCUGGAGCUGGACGUGUCUCAGCUGCGAGACCUCAUCACCCAGGCCCAGCAGGAGACAUCGCAGAUGCGAAUGGAAAACGACGGCAUCCGAGAUCUGCUAAGGAAGAGUGAGCAGCACCUUCAGCCCAAAUAUCCGCAGGCCGACUCAACGUAUUUCUCAAACGCAGGCUCUCCUGGCACUCUUGUGGCUGGCUUGUCUGAGCUAGACACUCAAGAAUGGCUCGGUGGCGGACAACUGUCAGAUCUGGACCUGAACCAGAACCCCUUGAUGCCUUCGACCUCAAACGAUGCGGAAAUGUUUGGUCAUAUCAACAUUGAUGACAUCACAGUGUCACUGGGCAUUCAUGAUCUCUUGGGCACGCCUUGCUUUACCAUCAACUCUUCCUCUGGUGCCAGCAUACAGACCUCUGCCAGCCCGCCUCCUCCGCCUAGCUUUGAAAGCACUCCCCUAACACCUCCCUUGACCCCUCAACAAGAACAGACGGUGAUCAAUUGGAUAUUAGCACUUGAAAACAUUUGUUGGGACCACUUCCAAUCCACCGAUUUCCACAACCACGUUCCUGGUGAACACGAAGACUCUUACAACCAUGCUCUCACCGCAACUGCUCUCUUCAUGAAUGCCGCACCUGCUUCCAUCUUCACCGACCGCCAAGUGUUUACCGCUAUAGACCCUGCCACAACACAAGCACCCACCUUCCACUGGCAAGCUAGCGGCAUCAACAUCAGCUCCCUCUGGGCCCUGGCACAAUUUGAGCUUGAUCCAACUGAGAUCUCUCCCGUACAGAUUUGGUUCGACCUAGCGUCCAAGUAUUCCUACGAGCUGCUAUUUUCGGACGGCUUGUUGACGGCCUUGUUGAUCGAAAUGAGGCCAUUGAUAAGGUGUAUCGAGUUCGGCGCGUCGAUACAGAGGCAAUUCUACGAGGAUGUGAUUGCCAGAGUUCUAGGACCGCCUGCGGUGGUUUAAUUUUGAUACAACUUUUUUUUUUUCUUCUUCUCUUCUUAUUUUGGCUGGAUGAUGAUGAUUGAUAGUGGGACAAAAUAUGUGGUGGCGUACUGGUAAUCUUUCUUUUUGGAUUGAUGGUGUACAUUUAUCUUCACGCUUUUCUUUGAACUGGAGUUCUGAUGAUGGCUGUUGGUUGUUAAGAAAUACCUGAAGUCUUUUUUUUU